AUGUCAAUAUCAUCAUCUUCUGCUAAUUUAAAUCUGAAAAACCAAAAAAGGGAUUGGUUAGAUCUCCCAUCCGAUGUAACGGCAAAUAUACUUCAGAGAGUUGGUGUGUCUGACAUACUUGAGGAUGCCCAAAAAGUGUGCACCGCUUGGCGUAAGAUUUGCAAAGACCCUUGUAUGUGGAAGGUCAUCAAAAUUGUAUCUUUUGAUGACAAAAUGAUGGGUAAGAAAGCAGUGGAUAGAAGCCAAGGCCAAUUAGUUGACAUAAGCAUAUGUUCUUGCAAUGAUCAACUUCUUUCAUAUGUCGCAAAUAGGUCGAGGCAGCUUAGACGUCUUGAAGUUGUACUUCAUUUUGAUGAUGAGCUUAGAAGAAUAUCUGAACAUUUAAUGAAAUUUUCAUUAUUGGAGGAAUUCAACCUUUACUCAGCCGGAAAAAGCUGGAAAAAAAGUUUUAUUGAAACUGCCGGUCGGUAUUGCCCCAUGCUUAAAACACUUAAACUGAAUCAAACACCAUGUAAUCGUUUGAUCGGAGAUAAUGCUAAUGAGGUAGCCAUAGCUAUUGGGGAAAACUUACAUGGGUUAAGGCACCUUGAACUCAAUGGAAACAACAUGUCCAAUAUUGGGUUGCAAGCGAUUCUUGAUGGUUGUGUUUGCCUUGAAACACUUGACUUGCGUAAGUGCAUGAGAAUUGAUCUCAAUGGAGAUACCGGAACACGAUGUUUUGAACAGAUUAGAUGUGUAAAACUCCCUAGUGAUUCUCUUGAAGGAAGUCCACAUGAAGACAUUUAUGAAGAAAACAUUGUGCCUGAUUAUAACUUGUUUUAUUAUUAUGCUCCUGAACUGUUUGAUGGAUACAUCAGUCAAUAA